AUGAAUGAUAUAGACCAAUCAGAAAUAUAUGAUCUUUCGAUAAAUUCAUUCAGUCAAGUUGGUUCUGUUAUUGAUCAUCCUCUGUUCUUGCAAAGUGAGAUACAAGGUUGUCUUGAUGUUGGUGAUCCUAACUAUGAAUGUUCAAUCUGUGGGGCGUGUUUUUGGUUAUCGAAACGUGUUGAAAGAGACUCUAUAAUUAAUCGUCCUGUUUUUACUGUUUGUUGCUCAAAAGGGAAAAUUCAGUUACCUUAUCUUCGAAAGUCCCCAGAUCUGCUAUAUAAUUUUAUUAAUGGACAUGAUAGGAAGAGUUUGUAUUUCCAAAAAAAUAUUCGAUCUUAUAACAAUAUGUUUGCCUUCACGUCUCUUGGUGGUAAGGUACUGGAUUCAGUGAAUGAUGGGAGUGGUCCACCGCAGUUUAUAAUAAUUGAUCAAAAUUAUCAUCGGAUUGGAAGUUUGCUCCCAGAUCCUGGUCAGAAGCCUAAAUUUGAGCAAUUAUAUAUAUACGACACUCAGCAUGAGAUAAUGCAUAGGCAGGAAAUCUUUCGGCAAACAUCUGAGAUAGAUCGAGAAUUGAUAACUGAGUUGUUGGAAAUGAUCGAUACUCAUAACGUCAUAGCACAGUCAUUUCGAAGAGUCAGAGAAUUCUAUCAGUGUCAUCCAUCCGAGAUCUUCUCUUUGAAGUUGUAUUCGCAUAGGAAGAUUGAUCAAAGAACUUACAAUACUCCAUCUUGUGACGAAGUUGCUGCUCUGAUUGUUGGAGAUUUUAAUUCGUCGGAUUAUGGUCGCGACAUUAUUGUUCGAUCUACUGCUGGUCAGUUGCAGCAUAUCUAUGAAACUCAUGCUCUGUAUUGGCCCUUACAGUAUCCGUUGUUGUUUUCAUAUGGCGAGGAUGGUUACCAGUUGAAUUUUCCUUAUCGUGGUCAAGUUGGUGGAUAUGUCCCUGGAAGGAGAACAAGGGUUUCUCUCAGGGAAUUCAUAUGUUUUCGUCUGCAGAUUAGGGAGCAAGAAGAUGGAAUUAUUCACAAGUGUAGGCGAUUAUUUCAACAAUUUGUUGUUGACUGUUUCACCAUGAUUGAGUCCCAGAGGUUGUAUGAGAUUAGAAUGAAGCAAAGUACAAUUAGAGGAGAAGUGCUUCAAGGAAUAGAAGAGGCUAUGCGUCGUGGUGAUGACGAAGCUUCUUCAAUUGGGACGCGAGUCAUCUUACCUUCUUUCUUCACUGGUGGUAGACGUUAUAUGUUUAAUUGUUGUCAGGAUGCGAUGCGAUUCACAGAGCGAGAGCGAAUUUCCAUCGCUGAUCGUCCUGAUAUCUCUUGCCGUGUUUUUCAUGCUAAGUUGAAAUAUCUGCUAAGCGAUCUUAAGGAAGGUGUGUUUUUUGGUCCACUUAGUGCAGGUAUGUAUAGUAUUGAGUUCCAAAAAAGAGGUCUACCACAUGCAUACAUGUUACUAUGGCUUAACAGGGAAAGCAACUUACAAAGUGUUGAAAUUGUUGAUGAAUUCAUCUGUGCCGAGCUACCCAAUCCCCUCAAAUUUCCAGCUCUUUAUAAUGUCGUCACCAAGUACAUGAUCCAUGGUCCCUGCAGUCGACUUAGACCGAGUUCUCCUUGCAUGAAAGAUGGUAAGUGCUCAAAAUUUUAUUCGAAAAGAUUCGUUGAUCAAACGAGCUUUGAUGAAGAUGGCUAUCCGAUAUAUAGACGUCGUAAUAUGGGUGUGACAGUGAAGAUCAACGACGUUGAUAUUGACAACAGAUUUGUUGUGCCUUAUAAUCCACUGCUGUUAAUGAAAUAUCAAGCUCACAUAAAUCUUGAGUUCUGUAACAAGUCAAACGUCAUCAAGUAUCUUUUUAAGUAUAUCAAUAAGGGUUCGGAUUGGGUGACUGCAACUGUUGGAGAAACAUAUCAUGUUGGUGAAUCUUCUCAGGUGGUUGAUGAGAUCAAGCAGUAUUACGAUUGUCGUUAUUUAUCACCGUCUGAAUCCAUGUGGAGAAUUUUUGCUUAUGAUAUUCAUCAUAGAUGGCCAUUUGCUGACAAUGUUUACGAAUUGGAUGAUGGCCAACAGGCGGUUCCCGGAUGGGCGAGAGGUUGUACUAGUUUUCGAAGUAUAAGAACCGUGGAUGGUGUUACUUAUGAUACAUUUCAGGAGGCAUGUUCUGCCAUGGGAUUCUUGAUAGAUGAUAAGGAGUAUAUUUCUGCUAUUAAGGAAGUCGCCAAGGUAGCGUCCGCUGCACAGCUAAGGCGGCUUUUUGUGAUGUUGUUGCUAUCUGGUUCCAUGGGAAGGCCUCUGUCAGUUUGGGAACAAACUUGGGCUUAUUUGUCUGAUGAUAUUCUUUAUCGCAGAAGGCAUGAGCUGCAAUAUCCUGAUCUAACGAUGAGUCAGGACGAGUUGCAAACAUUUUGUUUGUUGGAGAUUGAAAAAAUAUUGCAGAGUAAUGGAAAAUCAUUGAGAAAUUAUGUUGGCAUGCCGGUUCCUAAUAACUCUUUAGUGUCUCAAUUUAGCAACUUGAUGCUGCUGCGUGAGUUGCAGUAUGACACUGUUUCUUUGACUCGUGAGCAUGAUGCAAAUGUCUUAAAGUUAAAUGAAGAACAGAUGGUGGUCUACGAUAAAAUUAUUGAUUGCGUUUCGAAUAAGAGGCACAGAUUCUUUUUUGUGUAUGGGUUUGGUGGCACUGGAAAAACUUUUUUAUACAGGGUUUUGUCGGCUAGAUUGCGAGCUGAGAAAAGGAUUGUUAUAAACGUUGCUUCUAGUAAAAUUGCUUCUCUGUUGUUACCUGGUGGUAAGACGGCGCAUUCUAUGUUCAAUAUUCCUGUUGAGCUGACUGAAGAUACUGUUUGUCGGAUUAAGAAGGAUAGUGCAAAAGCUGAGGUAGUCCGAUUGGCCGAUUUGAUUAUUUGGGAUGAGGCACCGAUGACUAACAAGUUGGAAUUUGAAGCGCUCGAUAGGACGUUACGUGAUAUAAUAGUUUCGGUCUCUGAUAGGAAUAAAAAUUUACCUUUUGGUGGGAAGGUGGUCAUUCUCGGUGGUGAUUUCAGGCAGGUCUUGCCAGUUAUUCCGAAAGGUUCUCGUGCUGAGAUUGUGAUGGCUUCGAUAAAUUCUUCUGUCCUCUGA